AUAUUGAUCACGGUUUGCCCAAGUUUUCUCUUCUAGGUUAUGAUGAUUGGAAGAUCAUGAUGGAAGCACACCUUUACGCCCUACAUGAUUGCAUGUGGAUGGACCCUUGAAAAUCCAAAUGGAGAACCCUGAGAGGAAUCCAGCCAAUCUUGAUGUUGUCCAGUACAUUCCAAAGCCCAAGGAGAAAUGGGAUGAUAGAGAUUGCAAGAAGCACAAUCUGGACAACGUCGCCAAAGCAGCCAUCUUCAAGACACUUGAUCCCAUCACCUUGUCCAAGAUCAAGCAUCUCAAGACUGCCAUGGAGAUUUGGCAAGGUCUUGGGAAGCUGUGUGAGGGAUCGGAGGACCUGAGAAAGCAGAAGAUAGAAGUCCUGCUUGAAAAGUUCAAAAGCUUCAAAAUGCUUCCCGGAGAAUCAUUUGAUAUGUUAGAUGAAAGAUUCCACAAAAUCUUAAAUGAUCUUGCAUCACUUAACCACGUUCUUUCUCCCAAAGAAAAGAAUGUAAGGUUACUGAGAUCUCUUCCAACUGAGUGGUACACCAAAGCCACAGCCAUGGAAGAAGGAAGAAACCUGGAGAACUACACUGUCCAAGGUCUCCUUGAUGAGCUCAGAACCUAUGAGCAUGAGUUAAUGAAGAAGAAGGAAGAACAAGUCACUCACUUCCCCACGGCAUUGAUGACAGCUCCUAGAGUCCCACCGAGUGAAGGGACAUGCCCAAGGAACUGUGACACACCUUCCUCCAGCCAGCCGACAAGCUCAAAAAUGGAGAACUAUGAUGAGGAAUUUGCCAUGAUGGUCAAACUAUUCCGAAAGUUCAAGAAGUUCUUCAAGAAAGCUGACUCAGUCAGAAGGCCAUCCAAGGGAAAGCCACAGGUAAGUGACUCCCCUCCUGAAUCUUAUUUGUGUUAUAACUGCAGGAAACCUGGUCAUUGGAAGUCAGCAUGCCCUUACCCAAAGGUGGAGAAGUACAGAGAAAGAGAAAGGAACGAAAAGAAGAAGAAAGCAAUGGUUGCAGCUGAAAGUGACGAGUCAUCCAGCUCAAGCUCGGAUGAAGAAGCCCUCGUCUGCAUGGAGCGCAGAGCUGAGAAGUCCAACCAUGAGGAUCGGUGGACUAUGUCAGAAGAUGACACUCUCUGCCUUAUGGCCAAAGAUGAUGCCGAACAAGAGGUAACCUCACAAACCUCCUGCUCAUCUUCUUAUGAAAGCAUAUCAACUUCUGAAAGUCUUUUUGACAAAAUCAAAAAGAUGAUGAAAGAUUUUGAGGAAAUAAAUCUCAAACACUCAUCCUUAACAGAGGAGAACAAGCUAUUGAGUGAAGAGAAUCUCAAGUUGACUGAAGGUCGGAAAAGUCAACUAGAUGAGAUCACUCAACUCAAGAUUGAAAAUAAAUCUCUCUCUGAAAAGGUGAAAUCCGUCAACAAGGAGCUUGGGAUACUUAAGUCCAAAGAAGCAGUGGAUAAGAUUCUUGAAGCGACCAAACAAAAGGGUCGUGAAGGACUUGGGUUUGACCCCUCCAGUUCCAAAAGGAAAGGGAGAACAACUUUCAUUCCUCCUAAACCUACUGCCAAAUCCAAUAAUCAUAAAGGAAAGGAAAAGGAGAAACCCACAUAAGUUCCCAAAAAGGUAGUCCCUCCUAAGAACUAUAGGAAGCUGGACAGACCUCAAAGAGGAAAUAAUUUCAGAAGAAAACCGUCUAACCCCCACUAUGGGCUAGAUAGGAGUUUUCCAAGAAAUUCUGAGUGGAAAA